AUGACGACGCGAUUUUUCGCUUGGAUUGGACAGCCCGCAGACAUGGGCUCGCCUGCAAAAGAGAAAGUGGAGCGAUAUUCUGUUCGGAAGGUUACUGGCGACGGUCGUUGCCUGUUUCGUGCCUUGGUGAAAGGAAUGGCUCUCAACAAGGGCAUGGUGCUCGGGCCGAGGGAAGAGAGGGACAGUGCAGAUGAAUUACGGAUGGCUGUAAAAGAAGUUAUUUGUGACAGUGAAAAAGAGCGUCUUCAAUACCAAGAGGCAUUGGUUGCAAUUACUGUGGAUGAGCCUCUGAGAAGCUACUGCCAACGCAUUGGGAGGCCGGAUUUUUGGGGUGGUGAGGCUGAGCUUCUGGUGGAUGAGAUACUAACUAUGAGUCUAUGA